UAGUAAAGACGCCAGCACGAUGGAUUUUUUAUUUGAUGAAGGGCUACAAAUAGGCGGUGGUGGCAUCAGAAUUUGUGUUAGUGUGGAUGUGGAGUGCGAUACUUACAAAGCUUUUCUAGUCUGAAAACAGAGCAAUAGAGAUUGUAUUUGUAUUUGUAGUUUGAUUUGAUCCAUUAACUGAAUGGACUUGAUAUCUAGCUCUAAUUCUCUUUCAACACCCAGAUUCAGGUGCUUCGAUCCUACGAACUCUUACCCUGAACACACCACUAAUCACAAACAUUACAUCCGAACCUUUUCAAACUCCCAUUCCAAUUCCCAUUCCCACUCCAACUCCGCUUCUGAAAUGGGACUUUUAACCGACUCUGACCCUAAAAUCGUCACCGGUGACGCCGGCUACGUUCUCGAAGAUGUUCCCCACCUAUCUGAUUACCUCCCUCGCCUCCCUACUCAUCCAAAUCCGUUGCAAGAUAAUCCUUCCUACUCAGUGGUCAAGCAAUAUUUCGUUAAUGAUGAUGAUACGGUGGCCCACAAGAUUGUUGUCCAGAAGAACGGUCCACGGGGGACCCACUUUCGACGAGCUGGGCCUCGUCAAAAGGUGUAUUUUGAAUCAGAUGAAGUGCACGCUUGUAUUGUCACGUGUGGUGGUCUGUGCCCUGGUCUAAACACAGUGAUCAGGGAGAUAGUAUGUGGCUUAUACCACAUGUAUGGAGUACACAGAAUUCUUGGCAUAGAGGGAGGAUAUAAAGGCUUCUACGCUAGAAACACAAUCCCUUUGACCCCAAAAGUUGUCAAUGACAUUCAUAAACGUGGUGGCACCAUUCUUGGAACAUCUCGUGGAGGUCAUGACAAAUCAAAAAUAGUUGACAGCAUUCAAGAUCGAGGCAUCAAUCAGGUUUACAUAAUUGGAGGAGAUGGAACUCAGAAGGGGGCUUCUGUGAUUUUUGAGGAAAUCAGGAGGCGUGGCCUGAAAGUGGCGGUGGCCGGAAUUCCAAAGACCAUAGAUAAUGAUAUUCCGGUUAUAGAUAAGUCCUUUGGUUUUGACACUGCCGUUGAGGAAGCUCAAAGAGCUAUCAACGCAGCUCAUGUUGAGGCUGAAAGCUUCGAGAAUGGUAUUGGUGUUGUCAAGUUGAUGGGGCGCCAUAGUGGAUUCAUAGCUAUGUAUGCUACUCUUGCAAGCCGAGAUGUGGAUUGCUGCCUGAUACCAGAGUCCCCAUUUUACCUUGAAGGAGCCGGAGGACUAUUCCAAUACAUUGAAAAGAGACUUAAAGAGAAUGGACACAUGGUAAUAGUGGUGGCUGAAGGUGCAGGACAAGAAAAUCUUUCUGAGAGUACGCGCAGUAUUAACCAGCAAGAUGCUUCUGGAAAUAAACUACUUCAAGAUGUUGGCCUGUGGUUAACCCAGAAAAUCAAGGACCACUUCUCAAUGCGGCAAAAGAUUAUUAUAAAUCUUAAAUAUAUAGAUCCCACUUACAUGAUCCGGGCGGUUCCAAGCAACGCAUCUGAUAACAUUUCCUGCACACUCCUCGCUCAGAGUGCCGUUCAUGGUGCAAUGGCAGGGUAUACUGGUUUCACAGUUGGCCCUGUUAAUGGAAGACAUGCUUUCAUACCCUUCCAUCGGGUUAAUGAGGGACAAAACAAGGUCGUAAUAACUGACAGAAUGUGGGCAAGACUACUCUCUUCAACCCAUCAGCCAAGUUUUCUGAAUCUUGCAGACAAUUUUGAAGAUGAUAAGGAAAAUGAAACACAAAUCCAUGCUGAAAAUGGGGGAAGCGAGGCAAGCAGUGACCAUGGUCAAGUCAAGGCUUAAUCUGAGAGAGAGAGAGAGAGAGAGAGAGAGACUGCUUCAGACAGAUCGUCAAGGUGUUCCUUUUAAUUUUUGUUUAAAUAGCAUCCUAAAACCAACGGUGUUUCACAAGGUUUUUAAGUGAAUACAUCAUUACAUGUACUAUUUCGUUUGAAUUCUCUUUUAGAUUAUAA